AUGGAUCUCGUAUCCACCGUCCGCAAAUCGGGCUCCCGCGGCGGCGUCAACUUCAGCUGGGACGAAGUCGCCAACUCGUCCCACCGCGAGAACUACCUGGGCCACAGCCUCAAGGCGCCCGUCGGACGAUGGCAGCAGGGCCGCGACCUAGGAUGGUACGCCAAGGCUGACGGCGACGGCAGGCCCAACGAAUCGGGCGAGACGGACGCCGAGCGUAUCGAGAGGGAGCGCAAGGAGGAGGUGCGCAGGAUCAAGGAGGCGGAGGAGGAUGCCAUGGCGCGCGCAAUGGGGCUCCCGCCUCCACAGCGUGACACGUCGGGCGCCAAUGCCGUCGAGGUCGGCACGAAGCGACGGAUAGGCCCUUCCCUCUCUUCGUCCGCUGCUGCUGCUGCACCGGAAAAGGAGAAGGAGGCUGGCAUGGCGUCGUCGUCGUCGUCGAAGCGAGGGCGAUCGAGGAGGCACGGCGAAGACGACGACGGCGACGACAACGAAGAUGAUGAUCAGGAUCGGGAAAGGAGACGUCGUCGCCACCGUCACCACCACCAUCGUCGUCACCAGGAUAGGAGUCGGAGUCGGAGUCGGAGUCGCGAUAGGAGGAGGCGUCACCACAGGAGUCGGAGUCGCGACCCGGAGAGGCGUCACAGACGUCAUGAGCACGAGAGACACAGGAACCGCAGCCGCGACGGGGGGGGCGAUCGUGAACGACGGCCCGAACGACGGUCGCACAGGGAUAGGAGUAGGAGCCGAGCGCGCGAUGCUCCCGAUGAACCGAGGAGGGAUAGGUAUCGUUCACGGUCAAGGGAAGGGCGAGACCGCAACGUCAACCCGACGCAGCGUCCGUGA